UGGGCGGGUGGAACACGUGUAAGCGGCGGCGCUGUGUCUCUAUCAGUGGCAGAGGAUCAGGAUCAGUAUCAGCCAGCGCUAUCUCGGGCUGCACUGCUGCUCCGCGCUUGUGGUGUGACAACGGGCAUCCGGCGUCAGUCUCAGUGUCUCAGUGUGUGUGUGAGAGAGAGGGAGAGAGAGUGGAGAAGGAGGCUUUGUCCUGCCCUGUCGAUUUCAGGACUGGGAACUGGGGCUGUGGCUGUGGCUGGGGCUGUGGCUGUGGCUGUGGCUGCAUCCAAGCCAAACCUUCCCACUGUGUGUGUGUGUGUGUGUGUGACCUGACCAGUCUGCAAACAACGCGGCGAUCUGGAGCAAAAGCAAAGGGGGGUCUGGUCUGGUCUGGUCUGGUCUUAAUUGCAACGCCCUGCUUGACGGAGCUCCUGAGCAAGAGAUAAACAAGAGGACGGUCAGCAUGAGGACACUCCACUUCUCCUCCACUUUCAUCCUCUCCUUCAGCCUGGCCAUCAUCCUCCGCCUCGCCAAAGGAGAAAUAUGCAAAACCAACCCAUGCGAGAAUGGUGGUACCUGCAUGGCAGGGUUGGCAGAUGAAGCUUUUUCAUGUGAGUGUCCCGAUGGAUUCACAGGUCCCAGCUGCUCUAGUAUUCUGGAGGUUGCUGCAGAUGGAGAGGAGUCAACUACAGCAGGAGCUUGUCAACCGAACCCAUGUCAUAAUGGAGGGAUAUGUGAAGUGAGCGACAGUUAUCGUGGCGACACGUUUGUGGGCUACAUCUGCAGGUGUCCUGAUGGAUUCAGUGGAAUUCAUUGUCAACAUAAUAUAAAUGAAUGCGAGUUUGACCCCUGUAGAAAUGGUGGGAUAUGCACCGACCUCAUUGCAAACUAUUCCUGUGAAUGUCCAGGAGAAUUCAUGGGCAGAAAUUGCCAGCACAGUAAGUAAAGUGUUUCAAUAAUG